GCUGAGAGGACGUCGCACCGUGUGCCACGUCGAUCUUUGAUUCUCUAAUUACGCCCAAAAAAAUCCACAGAAAUGGAACCAUCUUGAAAGCCCUUCUCCUCACUUUCGAUUGUGGCAAGGCAAGGCAAGGCAAGGCAAGGCUCUCUCUCCCUCUCGCUGUUUCUCAGAAUCAUUCAUAGUGAAAAAGGCGGGAUUUUUUUUUAGGAUAUCAACGUGGGUUUUGUGACUAGAUCCUUGAUUUCAGAGGAUGGGAAGGGAUUCGGCAGAGGAGGGAGGAGGAAGCAGAGCUGGCGGGCUGGUCUUGAAGGCUCUUGUGCUUUUGGGCGGAGCUCUGCUUCUUAAGAAGCUUAGGAAGUCCAAAACUCGAUGGGAUCAUGCCCGAGUUGUCGCUGAAGCUCUCUCUGGAGAGAAGUUUUCUCGAGAGCAAGCUUGCAGAGACCCUGAUAACUAUUUCAAUCUGAGGAUGUUGAAUUGCCCUGCAACAGAGCUGGUUGAUGGUUCACGAAUCCUGUACUUUGAACAGGCAUUUUGGAGAACUCCUGAGAAACCCUUUCGACAAAGAUUUUAUAUGGUGAAGCCUUGUCCUAAAGAGUUGAGAUGUGAUGUUGAAUUGAGCUCAUAUGCAAUAAGAGAUGUAGAAGAGUACAAGAACUUCUGUGACCGGUCAAAAGACCAACGACCACAACCUGAAGAAGUUAUUGAGGAUAUCGCCGAACAUCUUACAACCAUACAUCUCUCGCGUUGUGAACGGGGUAAACGCUGCCUAUAUGAAGGUUCAACACCUCCUGGUGGUUUCCCUAAUACUUGGAAUGGUGCGUCAUAUUGUACAACUGAACUGUCGAUCCACAAAAACGGAGAAGUGCAUACUUGGGACCGAGGUUUCGAUGAUGAAGGAAAUCAGGUUUGGGGAGCAAAGGAGGGUCCUUAUGAGUUCAAACCAGCACAAGCAUUGGGUUAUAGUGACAUGUUUUCCCCACUAAAUUUCUCUCCAGCAUUACAAUUAUAGUGGACAGAGGGUGCACUAUGUAAUUAAUGUAUGAUACCACUCUAUAUUAUUGUUAUAGAAAUUACUUAUUUUUCAUAGUUA